AUGCCAGCUGUUUCGGCAACCGAGAUCUCUCUCUCUGCGCCAUCAGUAUCCUCGGAGCCGCCGAGCCUACCAAUCGACGGCAUGGGCAGUAAUCACAUGAAUCUUUCUGUAUCAACUUUCGGCAAUAGCAACUCGGAUUACCAGAUUGCAGACGUUCCACAGCAGCAGCAGCAUCAGGAUGGCUAUCCCGGGCCCUUUAUACCAGAACCGCUACCUAACAAUUUUGAUCCUUCUCUGGACGCUCUCGAUUUUGAGGCUCAGUUUCCAUCUUGGAUCGUACCCACCGAUCUCGAUUUUCACACAGGCAUCCUUGAUACACCACUUGCCACAAGUAUGGCGGAACUUAGACCUGGCUGGCCAGAUAGUCCGUUCACGACGUUCGGUUCGUCAACGUACAAACCCGUGAACAACAUGCAGCAUUUGUGGUUCACUCCCAACGACGAAGGGCAGGAGGAAGUCCCCCAAUCGGGACCCGCGACCCCUCCAGCCUCCCACGUCGAAGUCGACGAUUCUUAUCGCCAAACACUGCACCAAAGUCUGUUGAUCCGCUCGGUUGAGCAGAGUCUCCCGUCAUCAGACUUUCUCAACCUCUGCGUGAGAUCUUAUUUUGCAAAAUUCCACCCAGUGUUCCCCGUAGUUCACGCUCCGACCUUCCGCCCUUCAAAGGCCAACUCGAUGGUUCUGUUGUCCAUAUGCUCCGUGGGCAGCCUCUUCACAGGUUCAGCGCACGCCAUUCGGCAAGGAGUACAAAUCUUUGAACGCCUACACAAGGCCGUCCUGGCCAAUUGGGACCGUCUCAUCUCUCGCGGAACCGACGAGAAAAUAUCGCUCAUCCAGACGGCGAUAAUCGGACAGACCUUCGGGCUGCUCUCCGGAGAACCCAGGCAUCUCUCGAUCGUGGAUACUUUCAACGGGACUUUGAUCUCGUGGGCCCGACGUCUAUCGACGUUCAAAACAAAGAAGCUGAAAGGACUCGACCUCAGCCUCGGGCCGGCUGAGCUGGAAAAGCAGUGGCGAGAAUGGGCCAAGAACGAAGAGCUCAUCCGGAUCGCACUGGCCGUGCACAUCCACGACGCCGAGCUCGCGAGCAUUUUCCACCACGAGCCGUUCCUGCGGCACAAUUCGCGCCAACUGCCCGUGGCGGCGUCGAGCCAGAUGUUCAUGGCCUCCAAGGCGGAGGAAUGGCGCCAGGCGUACCUCGACGACGCCAGCAACUUCGAAAUCGACAACAAUACCCCGGCGUCAGUCGACGCCCACAUCGACUUCGACAUGCUCUCGACGCCGCAGAGCAGUUACUUCACCGCGUAUACGGUCCUCGAGGGUAUCUGCGUCAACAUCGUCGAGAACAGGAUUGAUGCGCGCUCGUCCCCCACGACGAUGGAAGACCUUUCGGACCUGCUCAACACUUUUUUCAACCGCUUCCUCUUGGGCGCGCCUUCGUGGAAGGCAGACCACAUGGACAUGAUCAUCCUGUGGCACCUCGCGUACAUGUCCAUCUGCGCCGACUUUGACCUUUUGGAAAAGGCCAUUGGCCGCGACGGGUCGCAGCUAUCGGGCGAGGACCGCGUCGCCGUCACGACCUGGGCAAACUCGAACAACGCCAAGCGCUGUGUCAUCCACGGCGCCAUCGUCGCGAAGAAACUCGAGGACCUGCCGCUCGGCUCGGAGCCCGCGAUCCACGUGCCCCGCGCCAUGUUCAGAGCCGGCAUCGCCUGGUUCUGCUACACCCGCUUCGGCACGCGGGCAGUCGACGGCGCCAGCAACGGCAAGUCCAACAAGGCCGUCACGACCGAGGGCCUUGAUUUCCCUGAAUUCAGACUACUCGGGGUCAAUCCCGCCUUGUUGCUAUUUCAGGUCAACGGCUACAAGCACGGUCUUCCUACGACGGCCGAGAUCAAUGCGGCGUUGUGUGGUCUGACUGAUCUCCUUAGACGUAUUGGGCAUUGGGAGAUAGCGCGCAGGUUCGCGGCCAUAUUGGGUGCUCUUUUACAUAAUGACGCCGAUUGA